GGGCGCGGAGUACGUGCGGUGGGCUGCGGCCGGCAUGAAGGGCGCGGGCGGCCAGCUCCGGCUCCGGCUCCGGCUCCUGCUCCCGCGAGGCCGGGUAGCCUGGGCGUUCCCAGGGGUCGCAGAGGACGGCGAACCCCGCCGGAGCCCCCGGAGCUGGGGACCAGGACGCAGGAAGGCGUGUGGAGCGUGAGGUGGGGACGUGGCGGCGGCUCAAGUGGGCGGAGCCCCAGCCGCUGCCGGAGGCGGAGUCGCCAAGGGAGGAGGCGCCGAGCUGACCGGGCGACGCCGCGGGAGGUUCUGGAAACGCAGGGAGCUGCGAGUGUCCAGCUGCGGAGACCCGUGAUAAUUCGUUAACUAAUUCAACAAACGGGACCCUUCUGUGUGCCAGAAACCGCAAGCAGUUGCUAACCCAGUGGGACAGGCGGAUUGGAAGAGCGGGAAGGUCCUGGCCCAGAGCAGUGUGACACUUCCCUCUGUGACCAUGAAACUCUGGGUGUCUGCAUUGCUGAUGGCCUGGUUUGGUGUCCUGAGCUGUGUGCAGGCUGAAUUCUUCACCUCUAUUGGGCACAUGACUGACCUGAUUUAUGCAGAGAAAGAGCUGGUGCAGUCUCUGAAAGAGUACAUCCUUGUGGAGGAAGCCAAGCUUUCCAAGAUUAAGAGCUGGGCCAACAAAAUGGAAGCCUUGACUAGCAAGUCAGCUGCUGAUGCUGAGGGCUACCUGGCACACCCUGUGAAUGCCUACAAACUGGUGAAGCGGCUAAACACAGACUGGCCGGCGCUGGAGGACCUUGUCCUGCAGGACUCAGCUGCAGGUUUUAUCGCCAACCUCUCUGUGCAGCGGCAGUUCUUCCCCACUGAUGAGGACGAGAUAGGAGCUGCCAAAGCCCUGAUGAGACUUCAGGACACAUACAGGCUGGACCCAGGCACAAUUUCCAGAGGGGAACUUCCAGGAACCAAGUACCAGGCAAUGCUGAGUGUGGAUGACUGCUUUGGGAUGGGCCGCUCGGCCUACAAUGAAGGGGACUAUUAUCAUACGGUGUUGUGGAUGGAGCAGGUGCUAAAGCAGCUUGAUGCCGGGGAGGAGGCCACCACAACCAAGUCCCAGGUGCUGGACUACCUCAGCUAUGCUGUCUUCCAGUUGGGUGAUCUGCACCGUGCCCUGGAGCUCACCCGCCGCCUGCUCUCCCUUGACCCAAGCCAUGAACGAGCUGGAGGGAAUCUGCGGUACUUUGAGCAGUUAUUGGAGGAAGAGAGAGAAAAAACGUUAUCAAAUCAGACAGAAGCUGAACUAGCAACCCCAGAAGGCAUCUAUGAGAGGCCUGUGGACUACUUGCCUGAGAGGGAUGUUUAUGAGAGCCUCUGUCGUGGGGAGGGUGUCAAACUGACACCCCGGAGACAGAAGAGGCUUUUCUGUAGGUACCACCAUGGCAACAGGGCCCCACAGCUGCUCAUUGCCCCCUUCAAAGAGGAGGAUGAGUGGGACAGCCCGCAUAUCGUCAGGUACUACGAUGUCAUGUCUGAUGAGGAAAUCGAGAGGAUCAAGGAGAUCGCAAAACCUAAACUUGCACGAGCCACCGUUCGUGAUCCCAAGACAGGAGUCCUCACUGUUGCCAGCUACCGGGUUUCCAAAAGCUCCUGGCUAGAGGAAGACGAUGACCCUGUUGUGGCCCGAGUAAAUCGUCGGAUGCAGCACAUCACAGGGUUAACAGUAAAGACUGCAGAAUUGUUACAGGUUGCAAAUUAUGGAGUGGGAGGACAAUAUGAACCGCACUUCGACUUCUCUAGGAAUGAUGAGCGAGAUACUUUCAAGCAUUUAGGGACGGGGAAUCGUGUGGCCACUUUCUUAAACUACAUGAGUGAUGUAGAAGCUGGUGGUGCCACCGUCUUCCCUGAUCUGGGGGCUGCAAUUUGGCCUAAGAAGGGUACAGCUGUGUUCUGGUACAACCUCUUGCGGAGCGGGGAAGGUGACUACCGAACAAGACAUGCUGCCUGCCCUGUGCUUGUGGGCUGCAAGUGGGUCUCCAAUAAGUGGUUCCAUGAACGAGGACAGGAGUUCUUGAGACCUUGUGGAUCAACAGAAGUUGACUGACAUCCUUUUCUGUCCUUCCCCUUCCUGGUCCUGCAGCUCAUGUCAACGUGACAGACACCUUUGUAUAUUCCAGUUUCUAUCAGGCUGGUUUUUGGAGAAAUGAAUGUUUGUCUGGAGCAGAGGGAGACCAUACUAGGGCGAGUCCUGUGUGACUGAAGUCCCAGCCCUUCCAUUCAGCCUGUGCCAUCCCUGGCCCCAAGGCUAGGAACAAAGUGGCUGCAGCCAGGGUUAGCUGUCUAGCGCCUAGCAAGGUGCCUUUGUACCUCAGGUGUUUUAGGUGUGAGAUGUUUCAGUGAACCAAAGUUCUGAUACCUUGUUUACAUGUUUGUUUUUAUGGCAUUUCUAUCUAUUGUGGCUUUACCAAAAAAUAAAAUGUCCCUGCCAGAAGCCUUAAA